AAAAAACAAAACGUGACUUGUUUAUUUCCAUUUUGGAUUAUCCCAAGGAACCUGGGUGUGCAAGCCCUUCUUUUUUUUACAACUAAAAAAAAAAAUGCUUAGAAUCAGCAAGACGAGCCGAUUAGCAACACAACUUGUUCAAACCAGAAAUGCGUCUAAUUUGACAAGCGCGAAACCCGAAAAGUUUCUUCAAACCAUUGUUUUGAGUAAUGGUGCCACUUAUACUGUCAGAACAACUUCACCUACUCGUGCUCAAAUUCGUUUAACAAAAGAUACUCGUAACCACCCUCUUUGGAACCCCUCCAUGUUGAAGGAAGGUGUGAAUGACGAAAGUGAACAAUUGACCAAGUUCCAAAAGCGUUUCGGUGAUUUGGAUUUGGGAGAUAUUUCUUGGAUUGAGUCUGACGAGGCACUCUCUGCAACCAUGAAGAAGGUGGCUGCUAGUGGUGGAACUGUCAAGAAGGCUGCUGAUAAGAAGAAGAAGAGAUAAACAAACAAACAACAACUAAGAGACUGAAUAGACUUCCUGUAUCAUAAUAUAUUCAAUAAAGUAUUACAUAUAAAAAUUUA